UUUCCGCCUUUGCUUUCUGCCAAACAAAAUCAAUCCAUCCAGUCGGCUAAUAAUACAUCCAAACAGAAAUACAAGAAGGGAGGAAAAAAAUGCAAGACUGCCUCAGUGACUUCAACAUCACCUUGGAAUCAAAUCAGCCGGGAGGAAGCUUCCUGAGUCAAACAUGCAUUAAUUUCUUGUGGAACAUUAGGCAGCACUUCAGUGUAGGAAUCAGAUAAGCCGAGAGGAUACUUGAUGAAUUUUCUUGUGGAAAAUUAGGCAGCACUUCCUUGAUGAACUUUUGGGGGGACGAACUUGCAAUCGGCAUUUCCUGUCCCAAGUCACGAGUACAAUAUUUACCCAAAUCCACCGCUCUUUGAAGCCUCAUCUCCUCCAUCCAUGGACCCGAGACGGCUGGCCUCCAUUAUAGCCAUCUUGCUGUUAACGCAAACCAUCGCCUCCGGAGAAGACUGCCGGCCUUCUUCUUGCGGAGAUCUCCGGAACAUAAGCUACCCCUUUCGCCUGACCACCGAUCCUUCCACCUGCGGCGAUCCCCAGUACCAACUCACCUGUGAUCAGAACCGAGCCGUCUUGGAGCUGUAUUCGACCAAGUACUACGUGGAGGAGAUCUCCUACGAGGACCAGGUGGCCCGCGUCGUCCUCGCCGACCUCUCCCGGCAGUCUCUACCCUUCUUGCGUCCGAGCAAAUUCAAGUAUGGAGAUCCCUUCGACAUGAACCAAAGCAGCAACAGCGUCGCGUUCGUAACUUGCCCCGCAUCAUCGGUGGACGAUCCUUCGUUAUAUGUCCUCGUCGCUUCUUGUGUCGAUAACUCUUCCUCCUCCAAAGAGUACUUGUAUGCGCUGGCGGGGGAUGCGACGGUGGCAGAUCUUCGGAAGAGCUGCGCUACCGCAGGGACGGUGCCAGUGGCGGGCAUGCUUCGGAAUCGUACGCAGGCUGCGGUUCAAGACGUUUUGCUGAGAGGGUUUUACAUAUCGUGGAAGGUCCCCAUGCUGUGUCGUGACUGCGUGGUUAAAGGGCAGCAAUGUUCGUAUUAUGGAGGUCCCUACCUUCACGAUUACGGCUGGGGACUGAUGAGGUCGCACCGGCACUGUUACGAUAAAUGCGCAAAACAUCCGUUCGGAUCCGCUUUCUGUUUCUUCGAACUAUUAACGUUCAUUAUACGAGAGAUCCUUGUCGUGGAAGGAGUUGUUAUCAUACCAGGACGAACAAUCAUUGGGAUAUCAUGCUUGAUGGUCUACCUUGUGUACAAAUUACGAAGGAAGCAUAGCUCAAUGGACAGCAGAAUCGAAGAUUUCUUGAAUAACUACAGGAAUUCCAUGCCCAUCCGGUACUCUUAUCGGCAUAUCAAGAAGAUGACCAAUCAAUUUAAAGAAAAAUUGGGCCAAGGAGGUUAUGGUUCUGUGUUCAAGGGAAAGCUUACGACGAGCCGUCCGGUGGCAAUUAAGAUUUUAGAGAAGGCCAAAGGAAAUGGGCAGGAUUUUAUCAAUGAAGUGUCUGUUAAAAUGUCUACCAUUGGAAGGAUUCAUCACACCAAUGUGGUGCAACUCAUUGGUUUUUGCUUUGAGGGUUCCAACAGAGCUCUAGUUUAUGAAUUCAUGUCCAAUGGAUCACUAGAUAAGUAUAUAUAUUCUCAAGAAGGAAAGGCUAAGACUUUGAGUUGGGAGAAGAUGCAGGAUAUAGCACUUGGAAUAGCUCGAGGGAUGGAAUAUCUUCAUCGAGGUUGUGACAUGCAAAUUUUACAUUUUGAUAUCAAGCCUCACAACAUCCUUUUGGAUGACAAGUUCAACCCCAAGGUAUCUGACUUUGGAUUAGCCAAACUCCAUCCUAUGGAAGAGAGUAAGGUUUCGGUGACUGCUGCAAGAGGAACCUUAGGAUACAUGGCCCCUGAACUAUUCUAUAAAAAAGUAGGUGAAGUCUCUUACAAGUCCGAUGUUUAUAGUUUUGGGAUGUUGUUGAUGGAAAUGGCAGGCAGAAGGAAGAAUCUAAACCCACAUGCUCCACGAAGCAGCCAAAUCUACUUCCCCUCAUGGAUUUAUGACCAGCUUGAUCAAGGAAGAGACAUGGAAAUGGAGGAUGCCACUGAUGAUGGAAAGGAAAUUGCAAAGAAACUUCUAAUAGUAGCACUACGGUGUAUACAAAUGAAUCCGGCAGAGAGGCCAUCUAUGAGCCAAGUUGUAGAGAUGUUAGAAAAGAAAAUGGAGGAUUUUCAAAUGCCAUCAAAGCCUUUUCUAUCAUCUCUAGACAAGGUGUUCAAGGAAGAUCAUGCAAUCGACAUGGAAUCCUCAGAAUCGUUAUGUGAGCCUGGAAGCAAUACAAACAAUAUAUCAAAUGAUGAGAUAAUCUCUUGCUCUUCCAAGUAAUAAAGUAAGGGAAGUUGUCUCAUAAGGAUAUCUCAGUGUUCCUGUGGUCGUCUAAUAGAACAGUUGAAUUGGAUGUGUCUUAGGAGGGGCUUCCUGUCAUCUGUGUACUCUAAAUAAGGUGGAUAUUAUGAACUUGUAUGUUGCUAGCACUGUGAACUUUAUCUGUGUACUCUAAAUAAUGAUAUUAUGAACUUGUAUGUUGUUA